AUGGUUUCCGCGCGGGACACGCCUUACACCGUGACCAACUCGUUCAAGAGAGGUCUACUCAUGAAAACCUAUGCGCGGCCGCUCCGGCGCGUGCUGUGCCCUGAGUCGCGUCCUGAUCCAGCGCUGAAGAAACGCCGGAUAACGAGCAUCCCCGUGGACGAAAACACCAUCAACAGCAGCACCGCCAGCAAUGCCAGGAACAGGAACAGUGCCAGCACCGCCAACGGCAGUGCCAAUGAGAACGAGGACGACGGACAUGUCCAGCUGCCGCUGCUGGGCGAUAUAGGCAGCGAGAACAACCUCGUCUGUGCGAUCCGCGAGUCGUCUGCUGCGAUCCUGUCCAGCCCGUCGCGUCACCCUUCUACGGCCGCCACGGUCUACUCGGAAGACAUCCCAGAGCUGGACGACGACCUGUCGACGCCUCCGAGCUCGCCGCCGCCGCGAGAGCACGAGUCCGAGCGGGUGAAGGUGAAGCUGGCCUUGACACCGCCCCCCGCCAGCACCCGCAAGCCAACCUUCGGGUUCCUGAAACGCAAGCGGUCUGCGCACGACACGCCGCUGACGGAGCUCGAGGUCAACGGAGGCAGUGCCAGCAUGCGGUCGAUGGAUCCUCCGGCCAAGAAGAGGCAGACUCAGGCCGCAUCCACUACAUCUACGCUGGCAUCAAAUACAACUACCACUACAACUACAACAACAACUACUACAUCAUCGACAACGUCAGCAGCAGCUACACCCCGGCCGGUCCUGAAACAAACAACGCUUGAUCUUGCCGUAGGGCCUGGCUCGUCGUCACGCAAGACAUGUCCGUCAUGCAGCAUGCAAUACACCCCGUCGUCAGCAGAAGACAACGCCCUACACCGCAAAUACCAUGACCAACACUCCCAACACGCCUCCGGCGUCGACUUCGGCAAGUCGUUCGUCCGCGCAAACGCCUCGCGGUGGGUAUACGAGGCCUCUCGCUUCGACGAAGGAUACGUCGUCAUCGUCGACCGGAAGAGCUCGGCUGGAUCGAAAAACCAGGCCAGACGGGUGCUGGAGGUAGCAAACACCGACCUGGGCGCCGCAGACAUCGAAGACAGCAUCCUCUGGAGCAAAGUCGAAGCCAAGAAGGGCGGCGAGGAAGUCGACCGGUUCAAGUUCUUCCUCCACAUGAAGGGCAGCAAAUGCGUCGGCCUUGCCCUCGCCGAACGCAUCUGGGAAGCCCACGGCAUCACCACCAACCCGUCCAAACACAUCCCAGCCUCGCCCACAAGCGUCAGCUGCUCACUCUCUCUCACGAAGGAAACAUACCCUGUCCUCGUAGGCAUAUCGCGCAUCUGGACGUCCCGCUCCUCCCGCCGGAAGGGCAUAGCUCUUGACCUGCUCGACUGCGUCGUCAGCAAUUACUUCUACGGCAUGGAGAUGGCUCGCACACAGGUAGCCUUCAGCCAGCCCACGGAGAGCGGCUGUGCCUUGAUGAAGACCUUUUACGGAGACAAGGACUGGAGGAUCUACACCGGAAGCUGUUGA